CUUUAUAACCCUAAGAACAUCAUGCCGGAACCAGGGAUGUGCGUUAUAAACAAUAGAGCGUUUUUUGUCUUUGGUUCACUAGUCGCUUUUUACAUACCAAUGAUCAUUAUGGUAGUCACGUAUGCUCUCACCGUACAGUUGCUGAGAAAAAAAGCGAGAUUUCUACUAGAUGACAGUUUUAUGGAUAGUCGAAGAAAUGGUACCACUUCAGAGCCACAUCUUUUCAGACGUCUGGGGGGACGAUUUUCUGCUAGUAAAUCUCAGAGUAGUACUUCUAACAGAAUUGGACAGACGGCGAAAAUGAACAAAAAUUGUGACCAAGAGAUACAAAUGGCAGAUACAGUAUCAGCUUCAAGCAAUGAUUCUAGAAAUUUCCGAUUGAAAACUCUCAGGUUGCCGUUAAAUAUGAAUCCACCGUCAUUAAACUUGAGAUUCCUUGCCAACCGACAAAAACGUCAGAGUUUAGCAGCUGCUAACGCUGUAAGAACCGAACAAAAAGCUAGUAAAGUACUAGGAGUCGUAUUUUUUACAUUUGUCUUGUGUUGGUCACCAUUUUUUUUGUUGAAUAUCGUUUUUGCUGUGUGUCCAAAAGAAGAUUGUCCCGUACCAGAACACGUAACUGAAGUAUGCUUGUGGUUAGGUUACGUAUCGUCGACGAUCAACCCAAUAAUUUAUACAAUAUUUAAUAAAACUUUUAGAGCUGCUUUUAUCAGGUAAUUUAAAACUUCUCAAAGGAAAAGUAAAUAAAUA